UUCUGUGUCAUUAUGGUAAUCUAACCCUAUGAUACAACAAACGGAGGCACGCUUGGAUUUCUAGGGCCGGCCCCUUUCAAAUACAGCGAUGCUCUGAGCAUUAUUGUUUGUUUAUCCUGAUCUUUACUGCAACACAACAGGCAAAAAAUCAGAGCAGUCACUGGUUGAAAUAAUCCAAUAGCUAUUUAGUUGUGGGAUGAGCCAAUAAAAAUGAGGAAAGCACUCACCUAAAACAUUUUUUUUUUUAUCUACGUAUAGUCAAAUGUGCUGUGUGAAUCCUCUGAUAAAGCGACUGCAGGAUGAAAAAGUUCACUUCCUGCCCUAAUCAAUGCCUUGAAUUGGUUGUAAAGUAUCUCUCAGGUCCUCAGCAGCGACCCUGCGCUUGUCUUUCAGACCUGAACGAGGCCAUCCCCGAGACCGAGCUCCUGGACAACAGCAUCCAGAAGGGCCGGGCCCAGCUGUCCGUCAAGACGCGGAGGCACCGCCCCUCGCGGUCCCGUUACCGUGACAGCGUCAGCUCCACCGAGGGGGAUGACAGCUUGGAGAGGAAGGACAGUCCGUUAGGCCUACACUCGGCCCGCUCCCCGCUGCACUCGGCCAUGCGAGGCUCCUCCCCCUCUCCUGAUUCGCUGCUCUCCUCACGAAGCCCCGCCUUCUCCUUUGACACUUCACUGGUGCGUCGAUCGCCGGAGGACGGAGGCACGUCAUUGGCCGCUCCGCCGCGGGGGCGGUACCACCAGCUGACCAACGCCACGUCCCAGGAGGCUUUGGUCACGCCCAGCAGCUCCCCCUCCAAGUCCUGCCCCUCCUCCGACUGCUCCCCUGUUUACCUGAGGAGGAACAGGAGGCCCGACAGCGAAGUGCUGGUAUCAGACACAAGUCGUGACACCAGCCCAGCUGAUCCUGGCAGUCCGACCGUCAUCUUCGACAAGAAAACCAAGAGACGCUUCCUGGACCUGGGGGUGACUCUGAGGCGUUCCUAUGUCAGAGUAAGGAAAGAUAAAUCCAACAGGCUUUCUAUGGGCAGCAGAGAGCCGUCAGAGAGCCCGUCCCGCUCCUCCGGCUCCUUCGUCCCGUUCUCCUGGUUCACUGAGGGCCGCGGCUCCGUCUCCUCUGGGACGCCCCCCUGCUCCCCCAAGAUCCCCCCGCUGGGUUCCCCGAGACCCCGCAAGUCACACUCCCAGGAGUCGGCGCUGAGCGAGGAGUUUUCUCCCAGGAGUCCUCCCCACACCUCCUCCUCCACCUCCCCUCCGGUUGACUCCUCCUCUCGAUCCUCACACCCCUACCACACCCUGUCGCAGUCGUCCGAUGAGCCCUUCGACGAGCCGACAUGCCUGGUGUCCUCGUGGACGACCCAGCAGGUCUGCCAGUGGCUGCGAGGCCUCAACAUGGAGCAGUACGUCCCGGAGUUCAGCGCCAGGGACAUCGACGGACAGCAGCUGCUGCAGAUGGACGGCAGCAAGCUCAAGGGCCUGGGUGUCGUCAACUCCUCCGACCGCAGCGCCCUGAAGCGUCGCAUCAAAGACAUCCACGCUGCAGCGGAGAAGGAGCGCAAGGCUCUGGACAAACUGGAGAAACAGAAAGAGAAACAGCGCAGGAAAGACCAGGAGCAGCGCAGGAACUAGCGUCUGCCACUAGAGCAAGACAAAGUACACUCUGAGAACACCAGACAGAGGGAAAGGGAAAUGCUCAAAACCACACAACCAGUACUCUUACGCACUUGGAGGGACACGCGACGC